AUGGCUCCCAAAGACACCUUCUUCCGCUCGUCGGAAAUGAGCUUGACCCAGCUCUAUAUCGCGAACGAGAUCGGUCGUGAAGUUGUCAGUGCGCUGGGUGAGCUUGGGCAAGUUGAGUUUCGAGAUCUCAAUUCCGAAACAAAUGCCUUCCAGAAAACGUUCACGAAGGAGAUCAGGCGACUGGAUAAUGUGGAGAGACAGCUGCGUUACUUCCAUGCGCAAAUGGACAAGGCUGGAAUCCAGAUGAGGUCUUCGAAUGAGUUUUCCGAUACUCUGGCUGCUCCCUUAGCUUCUGAAAUCGAUGAGCUUGCUGAACGUAGCGAGAGCCUCGAACAGCGAAUCGCCUCCUUGAACGACAGUUAUGAGACACUGAAGAAACGCGAGGUGGAGCUGACUGAGUGGCGUUGGGUUCUAAGGGAAACUGGAGGCUUCUUCGACCGUGCGCAUACACAUACCGAGGAAAUUCGCCAGUCCUUUGACAACGAUGAGGCACCUCUGCUCCGUGACGUUGAGCAGCAGACUCCCCGUGCCAACGGCGCGAACGGUGACGCGCAUGGUCAACAGUCGUUUCUAGAGAUGAACAUCGGGUUCGUGGCUGGUGUCAUCCCUCGCGAUCGGAUUGGCGCUUUUGAACGAAUUCUUUGGCGGACGCUUCGUGGUAACCUCUACAUGAAUCAAUCGGAAAUCCCGGACCCCAUCAUUGACCCCGCUACCAACGAGGAAAUUCAGAAGAACGUUUUCGUUAUAUUCGCCCAUGGAAAGAAUAUCAUCGCAAAGAUUAGGAAAAUCUCGGAAUCUCUUGGUGCUUCGCUCUACGGCGUGGACGAGAACAGUGAAUUGCGGCGCGACCAGAUUCACGAGGUCAACACACGCUUGAGCGAUGUCAACAAUGUCUUGCGGAACACGAAGAAUACCCUCGAUGCCGAACUCUCCCAGAUUGCUCGCUCGUUGGCGGCAUGGAUGAUUAUAGUCAAAAAGGAAAAGGCCGUUUACGACACGCUCAACAGGUUCUCUUACGAUCAGGCGAGGAAGACACUUAUCGCAGAGGCCUGGUGUCCGACGAGCUCGUUAGCUCUGAUCAAAUCGACUUUGCAAGACGUCAACGACCGUGCUGGACUGAGCGUGCCAACUAUUGUCAAUCAAAUUCGUACUAACAAGACACCCCCGACCUAUGUCCGCACGAACAAAUUUACCGAAGCCUUUCAGACGAUUGUCAAUGCGUAUGGAAUCCCGAGGUACUCCGAAGCCAACCCUGGUCUGUAUACCGUGGUCACCUUCCCGUUCCUGUUCGCCGUCAUGUUUGGUGAUUUUGGCCACGGUGGUCUGAUGACCCUGGCUGCAGUCGCUAUGAUUUUCUGGGAAAGACAGCUUUCAAAGGCCAAACUCAACGAACUAUUUUAUAUGGCUUUCUACGGUCGCUACAUUAUGUUGAUGAUGGGUCUUUUCUCGAUGUACACUGGUUUGAUUUACAACGACAUCUUCUCUAAAUCGUUCACUAUCCUUCCAAGUUCCUGGAAAUGGCCUGAUGACAUCCAACAGGGCCAGGCCGUUGAAGCAUCACUAAAGGGCAGCUACCGGUUUCCCUUUGGACUUGACUGGAACUGGCACGAGGCUGAGAACAGUCUCCUGUUCACCAACAGCUUGAAGAUGAAGAUGAGUAUUGUUCUUGGAUGGGCGCAUAUGUCCUAUGCCCUUAUCCUGCAAUACGUCAACGCCCGCCAUUUCAAGUCCAAAGUCGACAUCAUCGGCAACUUCAUUCCAGGCUUGAUUUUCUUCCAGUCCAUCUUUGGUUACCUCGUCCUCACUAUCAUCUACAAGUGGUCAGUUGAUUGGCCUGCCAGGGGACAGUCACCCCCAGGCCUGCUCAACAUGCUCAUUUUCAUGUUUUUGUCUCCGGGUACGGUGGAGGAGGAACUCUAUGGUGGACAGGGUACUGUCCAGGUUAUUCUCCUGCUUCUUGCCGUGGUGCAGGUACCGAUUAUGCUCUUCUUCAAGCCGUUCUACCUUCGCCGUGAGCACAACCGUGCCCGCGCCCUGGGCUAUCGUGGCCUUGGAGAGCAGUCCAGGGUCAGCGCUUUGGACGAAGAAGGUGAUGUUGACGGCGGGGUAUCCGGCGGCCGCGACAGCAUCGCCAGUGACGGUGAAGGCGUCGCCAUGAUCGCCGAGGAUCUGGGGGAGGAAGAGCACGAGGAAUUUGACUUUGGAGAAGUCAUGAUCCACCAGGUCAUCCACACCAUUGAAUUCUGCCUGAACUGUAUCUCUCACACAGCGUCGUACCUGCGUCUCUGGGCGCUAUCCCUCGCACACCAACAGCUCUCUAUUGUCCUCUGGGAUAUGACCCUUGGGACUGCCUUUGAACAGGAGCAGCCCACCGUGCGAGCGAUUAUGAUUGUGGUUACAUUCUACCUCUGGUUCACCCUUACCAUUGCCAUUCUCUGUGUCAUGGAGGGUACCAGCGCUAUGCUGCACUCUCUCCGUCUCCAUUGGGUCGAAGCCAUGAGCAAGCAUUUCAUGGGUGAAGGCUUGCCUUUCACGCCGUUCAGCUUCAAGACCCUUCUUGAAGAAGAUCCUGUUGAUUAA